AUGAUGCAUACGUGGAUGCGGCCGGCGGCGGCCGGGAGUGACAUUCCUGUAAGGGAAUACCAUAUAAGGCAGGCUAGUCGCUGUCAGGUAAUGCAUCCUCGAUCAGUGAGCGAUUAUAACGCAACGGAAGCGGCUGAAAUUAGCAGCGCGCGCGCAUCGGGCGGACGGGGCCGGUGCCAGCCGGGCCGCGCCGAAACUAAAUACCCAAAAGCGUUUGUGAUCGCGCGAGCGGUUGCCAAAUAUGGCACGAAUCUCGGGUUUCGCGAGGCGCGCGCGCCGCGUCGCUGGCACACCACCAGCCACUGCAAAAACGCUCUCUGUUCCCGUCUAAAAACACAGCGAGCGGUGCGGCGCGGGCGCAGUGGCGCGACUCGCGACUCGGGAGUAGCGGCGCGCGACUCGCGACGCGACCUCCGCACCGCCGCGACACCGCGCUCCGCCGCGCGCCGCCCUGCGCCCGCGACUGCAUUCUGUGAGCCCACUGUGAUACAACAUGCGCACGCGCUGAAAGUUUAUCAAUGA